GCAGGAGAGCGCUUUAAGCAGAAGUGCGCAAUAGAUUCACAACUCAAAAAAGUGCAAAUAUUGUUUCUGAAGAAGAGCUAUGGAUAUCUCCAGCACUUUACUUCUGCUGGGUUUAGUGAUAGCUCUGUUAAUAUUGCUCAGAUGGAGGAAUCAGCCACAUAAUCUUCCUCCAGGACCUACAGCUUUGCCUCUACUUGGAAACAUUCUUACCAUGGACAACCGCGCUCCCUUUAAAACCUUUUUAAAGUGGAGUAAGACUUAUGGUCCUGUGAUGACGGUAUAUUUGGGAACCCAGAGAGUCCUUGUCCUGGUGGGCUAUGACACAGUGAAAGAAGCCCUUGUUGACAACGCGGAUGAUUUUAUUGGCAGAGCCCCUGUUCCAUUCCUUCAGAAAAUUGUGAAAGGCUAUGGCAUUGCAAUCAGUAAUGGAGAGCGCUGGCGUCAGCUCAGGAGGUUCACACUCACUACACUGAGAGAUUUUGGCAUGGGACGCAAGCGGAUGGAGGGGUGGAUACAGGAAGAAAGCGGACACUUGCUGGAUACCAUCAAGGAAACAAAUUCUUCUCCAGUUGACCCCACGUUCUACCUGAGCAGAGCCGUGUCCAACAUCAUCUGCGCACUGGUGUUUGGUGAACGCUUCAGUUAUGAAGAUUGUCACUUCCUGCGUCUGCUCCAGGUCUUCACUGGAGUACUGCAGUUUGGCAGCAGCACAUGGGGACAGUUGUAUAAUAUCUUUCCAUGGCUAAUUGAGCUACUUCCUGGUAAGCAUCGCAAAGUUAUGAACGAUGUGGAUGAAGUCAUGGACUUUUCUAGGGGCAAAGUACAAGAGCACAAGGACAGUUUGGACCCCGAUAACCCACGAGACUUCAUCGACUGCUUCCUGAUCCGACUCAAACAGGAAAAGGACAAUCCCAAUACGGAGUUUCACUAUGAAAAUUUGAUAGCCACUGUCUUAAACUUAUUCCUGGCUGGGACUGAGUCCACAAGCACUACUAUCAGAUAUGCUCUCAUGUUACUGAUCAAGCACCCUGAAAUACAGACUUGCAUGCAGAAAGAGAUCGACACUGUGAUUGGACGAGAGAGAAGCCCUUCAUUGGAAGACAGGAAGUCCCUCCCAUUUACUGAUGCAGUAAUCCAUGAAGUGCAGCGUUAUAUCGAUCUCGUGCCGCUCAAUGUUCCUCAUUACACCACACAUCAGAUUACAUUCAGAGGCUACACAAUUCCAAAGGACACAGUAAUCUUGCCCUUGCUUCACUCUGUUCUGAGGGAUGAGGAACACUGGGAGAAGCCCUGGUCAUUUGACCCAAGACAUUUUUUGGACAAAAAUGGCAACUUUAAAAAGCACCCUGCAUUCCUGCCUUUUUCUGCAGGCAAGAGGUCCUGUGUGGGCGAGUCUCUGGCGCGUAUGGAGCUAUUUAUUUUCCUGGUGUCUCUGCUGCAACAUUUCACCUUUACCACACCUGGAGGACCUGAGAGCGUGGACUGCACUCCUGAAAUCAGUGGCUUUGCCAACCUGCCUCGCAAAUACCAACUUAUUGCUACCCCCCGCUGAACUAAGAUUACUGCAGGCAGACAGUUCAGUCUUAAUGCAAUUACUAGUGCAAAGAUUGUAGCCUAAACUCAUCUCGCAUAGAUUUUCAUGGAUUUAAAGAACCCGAGAUAAUAUUUGUUUAUAUACCAUACAAGCAUAUUUAGGAAUGAAUGUUAUGUUUUGAGUAAGGAAUAAUUGAUGAAGUUCCGUGGUAAUGCAUUACACCUAUUUUCUAAUAAUUCAAUGGACCUGAGUCAAGUAUUCCACUUAUAGCACAGUCACCACACCUCUAGACAUUGUUCAGCUGUUUAAGUUUAAGACAUUUGUCAGGUUUUUGUCCUUAAAACGCUCUUGUGUUUGGAACUAAUUUAUGACACAUCCCAUCUUAAGCCUCCGUUGCUAAUUCCAAAACGUCAUUUUAGAGCUACUGAAGGAGGCUUGAGCCAUUGAUAUGCAUUAGAGAGAGAGAGAGAGAGAGAGAGAGAGAGAGAGAGAGAGAGAGAGAGAGUGAAGGAUAUAAAGUGUAAUCAAUGUGUGUAACUACAAAGUUUACUAUUGUUUGGAUAUGUUAAUCAGGUAUAAUCCGGUAUGUAUACCCAACAGUUAAGAAUUACUUGUGGGAAGCAUUAUCUAAACUCAUAGUACAUUUGUUGAUCAAGUUAUAAUCUAAGUGUGUAUUGAGCUAGAAUAAUUCUUUGUCAGUCCGUACCUCUAUGCACAGCAGGCCUAAUUUAAAACUAUAAAACACAUUCUAACAAGUGGUA